AUGAUCAAUCCUCAUGACAACAAAGCUGCUUGGAGACGCGGACUGGCAUAUCUUCGCAUCGGUCAUCCAGAGUUAGCUAAUCGAGAUUGGGAACAUGCUUUAGAUGCGGAUUCCGAAAACACCAAUAUACAAAAAGCUUUAACGAAGCUACGGUCUUCCUAUACAACGUGUGAUCGAAGCUAUACUACAUGGGAUUUACGGCAUCCACGAGUAGCCACUAGGGAGCAGUUACCUGCUUUAUUACGAAAGAUGUAUCCAGAUUUUACUCGUGGCUUUUUCCUCUGGAAGAGAGCACACACUGCCUGUAGUCUCUGCCGAUUUCGAUGUGAACGUCAAAGGGAAAAUCUUACUUUCUGCAGAGAGUCUCUUUACCGAACAAAUCAAAGAGUUUCUGAAGAGGCAGCACAAAAGAGAGAACCACUGAGCGAUAUCGAGCAAGAGUUUAUCGAAAGAGAUCGUAGAAAGUCAGAAUAUGUGAUGGAAAAGAUUCCUCAGGAAAUCUUUCUCUCCAAAUACCCAUGCCCUCAAAAUAUCCAUCAAUUUCUGUAUAUGCUAAAAGUCAUAUCUACUCCUCAAAUAUACAUCGAAAUCUAUUCCAUGUCCCCGACUCGAGUUGUUCGAAUCUUUGGUACCUACGGUCUUUCGUUAGAGUAUUUAAAUCUUUUUCUAAAGUCUAUUCACUAUAUUGGGCUUCUCACCAGAUUUUGUUCCAAAUGGUGUAUCCAGGCUAGGCGUCUUAUUCAGACUUUAAGUACCUUGCCUUGGUUUUCAUUCCUCAUCAAGUAUUCAAUGAGUACCACAAUACUACAAAUAUUCUUGCAUCUUCCACAAGUCAACGAAGAAGAGUUGCAAGUGUGGGGAGUCUCUUCUGAUUCUUCUGGGAGUUUGGAACAAGAACCAAACUCGGAUAUGACCUUCUUCAAUUGCCUAGCGGACUUGUCUAUUGAAUUUCCAGCGUAA